AUGGAGCAGACCCCCGCCACUUUCGUGCCACAUUCGAUCUCUGACUACACGCUGCUCGAGUUCUUGGGUGAAGGGGCCACUGCCCAAGUCUAUUUGGCCCAGCACGAGGCUUCCGGAACUCAUGUAGCCAUCAAAGUGAUUGACAAGCUACUGGUGCAGCGCUCGCAGUUGGAGAGCAAAGUGCAGCAGGAGAUGGUGCUCCACGCCGAGCUGCAGCACCGCCACGUGCUGCACGUUGAGCGUGUCUUUGAAGACGCUCGGAAUUAUUACAUGGCACUCGAGUACUGCGCCCACCGGUCGCUUUCGGCCAUUGUAAAGACACUCCCAGGCCGUCAGAUGGACGAGCAGAGUGCUAAAAAGAUCUUCCGCCAAGUGGUGGCGGGUGUCGUGUAUUUGCACGCUAGUGGCGUGAUCCACAGAGACCUGAAGCUCGCGAACUUGCUGAUUAAUGGGGAUGGCGUCGUCAAGAUCUCAGAUUUUGGCCUUGCAGCAAGACUCGGAGAGGACCAUGUGACGAUGUGUGGUACGCCUAAUUUCAUCGCGCCGGAAGUAUUGACGGCACAAGAUGAACCGUACAACGAGGCGGUCGAUAUUUGGUCACUUGGGUGUAUUUUGUACUGUUUGUUGCUGGGAAAAGCGCCAUUCGAAGGCCGCAAAGUCAGUGAGACGUUGGAGAAUGUGGCAAAUGCGGGACAGAACCCACUCCAGUUUCCUGACGGAUUUUCAUCCUCUGCAAGCGAUCUGAUUAAGCGGCUGCUUAGUCAUAAUCCGCAUCACCGUCCGUCAGCGCAACAAAUUUCGGUGCAUCCAUGGCUUCGUAGCGAAUUUCGUAGGCGUGCACCGCCUCAAUCUAAUGGUAGACGCAAGUCUCUAGCUUGGAUGCCCCCGCAUCCUCGGGAUACGUCUCAAUAUGCUGAGAGCUCGUGCGAGAGUCGCAGAGCUACUGAAUAUCGGUCGAGGAAAGAGGAAAACUGUCCACUGCCAUCGGCUAGGUCGACUGUUGCCCUAAAGACUCGAAGACGCCGCACACUUGGAGAUGCUCAUGCCGGCUCUCAGCAGCGCGAGCAGCACGAAGCCCCUCGUAUUGAAAAGAGACGCUCGCACUUACGACCAAUGCCUUUCGCUCUCGGCAUCACCAGUAGCGACAGCAACUCCAGUCUUGAUGACCGUAGCCUCAAUGAAGGUUCCACUGAUUUGUCCGAGCUACCGUUGCCAACAUCCAAAAGUGACGACGAGGGAAAUGAGAUCAACCGCGAAGUGGAUGAGGCAAGUUCCAGCCAAACUGAGUCGUUUGUCUCAGUGAUUGUGCAUUUGGAGCUGCAGGACGUCGCGUGGCUCGCAAUUCUUCAAGCUGGUAACAAUCCUACGAACAACACGAACGUGCAGGUGCAGUGGAGCUGCAAGGAACCAGCUGAGGUUGGCUGGCCACCGACUUUUCUCAUGAAUGUUUCGAAUGGGUGGGAAGCAUGUUACGAUCCAGCGACUGGAACGCUCACGGCCAAAACGGGAGAAGGCGAUUCGUUGCGGUAUGAGAUUCCCGGAGUAAGAAGCGCGCGGACUGAACCCAUGGCAGCAUGUGGUUCAUCUCGCGUGUCGCCUUCACGCUUUGCCCAGCGCACACUCUUGCCACCGCUGGUUCGGUUUUGUCAGUGUCUCGCACUACGCACCAUGCAGUUGCGCCGAAUUGCACUACGUGGUGAAGCUAGCAAGCUUCCAUUUGUUCAUUACGACACCCUACCCGAGUCAUUGUUGGCCUCGUUCCGGAACCGCUCCUCCAUUAUAAACCGAGGCACUCGCAGUGUUUCUUGCCUGGACGAAGCUCAGAGAUGGGUUGACAUUGCUGGCAUCGGACGUGGAUGCAUCGACGCAAGUGGAGCGUUAAAAGUCGUGUACCUCGAUGGAGCUCAGCUCACUUUAGCUUCAAGUGGUCAACAACUUUGGUUCCGGCCUUCUUGGGUGACCAAGUGUCCUGACGAGACCAGUGUCAACGGAGAUGUAUUUGAGCUGCUCACGACCGGUAGCAUGUCAUCGUUUCUCCCUUCAGCUGUCAAACAGAAGCUGGAGAGUGUUCCGGAGUUCAUCCGACGUCUGAAAGGAGGAGACUGA